AAGAUUCGGGUCACAUCCUGUUUCUCCUCAGCUGGAGGAAAUAACAAAACAACGAGACUUUUCAUUGUUCUCAUCUUUGAAAUACGCUACGGAUAUAUCGGUAUGAUGUGAAACACUAACAUAUUCAAUCUGUAUUAGCCAACCUAUUCGACAGGAAACUGUUAGAUUGCGAUCAGAUAUUAUCUUCGUUCUGUUAGCUAGCCAGCAAGCUAGUCAUUGCUUUCUAACGGACGAUUUUUCCAAUCUAAUGUAGCCAACAAUCUAGCACGCUAGCUAGCUAUAACAUAGCCGCAGUUCAACCAAAGUUGAGAAGAUGGCUAGGAUUUCACUUAAUUACAUUCUGAUGUGCGGGCAAGUUCUCUUGCUAUUGUCAGUGUUGCUUUUGCAAUGUUUGGAAGGAAUAUACUCCCAGAAUUCAUCAGACUCACCCGGACAGAGGGCAACAACAGCUGCAUUCAGUUCCAGUGAGCAGCCGCAAGAUAACGUGACGACGUAUCACAUCAUACCAGUUGAACGCGUGAAUUAUACUGAACUGUAUGAAUACAGGCCUCCUUCACCAGUUGUCCUCUGUAGCUAUCUACCAGAGGAGUUCAUCCACUGUCAAGAUCCAGUGGACCAUGCACAGAACUCCACUGCCAUUCUGGAGAUGGGACACGGUUGUUGGAAGUUUGGGGGGCAGGUACACAAAGACGUGAAUCACACACCAGUCAUCUGCACGGCACUGGAUGACAUUGAAUGUGCUGGACCAAGGGAGUUCCUGAGAGGGAAUGAGCCCUGCAUCAAAUACACUGGCCACUAUUUCAUCACCACCCUGCUGUACUCAUUCUUCCUGGGUUGCUUUGGAGUGGACAGGUUCUGCCUGGGGCAUACAGGCACAGCCGUGGGCAAGCUGCUGACCCUAGGAGGCCUUGGCAUCUGGUGGUUCGUGGACCUCAUCCUMCUCAUCACCGGAGGCCUCAUGCCCAGUGACAACAGCAACUGGUGUACCUUCUACUGAGACCAGAGAGCAUGGGUUGAAGACCUUUCAAAGGCAUACUUCGAGAUUUUGGCAGAGGCCCUUUAUCCACUUCCUCAGUCAGAUUAACUCGAGGAUACCAUUUUUAUGWCUCUGUGUCCAGUAUGAAGGAAGUCAGAGGUAGUUCUGCGAGCCAAUGCUAACUAGCAUUAGCGCAAUGACCUGAAGUCUAUGGUUAUCUACUAGCAUGUUAGCAUUGGCUCGCGAAACUACCUCUGACUUCCUUCAUACUGAACRCAGACAUAACAAUGGU